UAAUUGCAUUAUGGGAAAUUGUUUGACGUCACAAGGUCAAAUUUGCAACAACGUUUGUGAUUGGUCGAUAUAGUCGAAAAUGGCAGCCCCUGCUUGACUCACAUGUUGAAGUUGUACGUUUGAUUAGCUGUUGAUAGAUAUAUGAGAAGAAGAUGGCAACAUACCCAGAUCAUGAAGAGCAAGAAGAGACUAUUUUUGAACAAAAAUUUCAAGACUUGGACGAAACGUUAUCAUAUUGUGAAAAUAUCCCAGAUAACCCUCCAAAUUGUGACAUAGAAUACUUUCGCAACAGAUUGAAAAGUGCAGUGGAUUGCUUAAAUUGUUUAGAAUUUAAUUUAGUUAUAAAUAGAGCUGAUCAGAGCUUAAUUGAUAAAAUUCAAACCCUAUUAUCUUGUCUUCAGCCCCUGAGAGAACAUUGGAGCACGAUAGAUUUUUCUAUGCCAUCUAGUUUCUUGAGCAUUGUUGAUGGAGCAGGAUGUAUUUCAGCGACUGAUAGGCUGGGAAGGCCUCCUGCUUUUAUAUGCACCGACCAAGUGGAAUAUUUGUUUAAAAUUGGUUUUAAGAUAGGUGAAAUAGCCAGAAUGUUCUUAGUGCACAGAACAACACUAUGGAGACGACUUAAAUAUGAGGAGAAGAAUCUGGUUAGACAUACUAUGAUAAAUGAUUCAGAAUUGAUGUCAGUGAUGCGAGAAAUCGUUAACAGUCAACCACAUACUGGUGUGAAUAUGAUGAUUGGCCACUUAAAAGCAAAAGGUAUAAGUGUGCAACAGUCACGUGUAAGGAGAACUCUGCGUGAUAUUGAUCCAGGAAGCACCUUGAUACGAUGGGGCUUAACUGCAGUUCGCAGGAAAUACUCAGUUGCAGGGCCUAAUGACCUAUGGCAUAUUGAUAGACACCAUGCGCUGAUCCGCUGGAAAUUAGUAACACAUGGAGGUAUUGAUGGUUUUUCGCGAUUAAUAGUGUUCUUAAAAUGCUCGAACAACAACUUGGCGGUCACUGUUUUGAACUCGUUUUUGGAAGCAGUUGAAUCGUACUCAUUACCAUCUCGAGUCAGAGGUGAUCAAGGAAGUGAAAAUGUUUUAGUUGCUAGAUAUAUGGAAGAAAGGCGAGGCUCUGAUCGUGGUAGUUUUAUAGCAGGAAAAUCUGUGCACAAUAGCAGAAUUGAAAGGCUUUGGAAAGAUGUUUAUUAUGCUGUAAUUCAAACAUUCUAUUCAUUGUUUUACUAUCUAGAAGGAAAUGAUCUGCUAGAUGUUGAUAAUCAAAAGGAUCUGCUGUGUUUACAUUAUGUGUUUAUACCUCGUAUCAACGAAGCACUCUCUCAAUUCGUAGUGGCAUAUAAUAGUCAUGGGUUAAGAACAGAACGUUGUUGGUCACCACAAAAGAUCUGGGUGAACAGCAUGAUUAAAAAAAAACAUUCAUUCAGCUGAACUGAAUAGUGAAAAUAUUUUAAUUGAUGGAAUUGAGAAGUAUGGAAUAGACCCUCAUGUUAAUGAUGUUCAAACACAUGGUGAAGAUAUUGGCUCAUUGGACAUGCUGAAUAUGCAACCAGAUCAUGUAAUUGUAGAUGUGGAUAACUUGUUGAGUCAGGUUGACCCUCUUAUUCCAAGUAAUGAACAUGGAGUUGAUGUUUAUCUUGCUGCAAGAGAGAUUGUAUGACAUGAUGAUGUGAAGAAUUAGAUAAAAAUAAAAUUCUGGGUUUUUUAUUUUCACUGGUACAUGUAGAUUAUUGUACACUGACCCUGUACUUGUCCAUGUUAAGAUGAUGUAAUACAUGUUAAAUUAUA